GUCUGGGUUUGGCGACUGACAAAUUCUUCCUUCCCGGGAAUAGACUCUGGACCGAGAAACUGGUUCCGAACGCAACGGAACCUGGCGCCGGGCGACGCUGGGUCACGUGGCCGACGGCCCCAUGACGUGUGGGCUGCGGGGCGUCACAGUGACAUUUGGGCGACCGGCCGAGUGGCCCCACUACCUUCGUCACCUGUGCAGCCGUACAGUCAUGGACCUGGGACCGAUGCGCAUGAGUUACCGCGGGGACCGAGAGGCAUUUGAGGAGGAUCAGUUGACCUCUCUGGACCCCAUAAAGCAGUUUACUGCUUGGUUCGAAGAUGCUGUUCAGUGUUCUAAGAUACGGGAAGCCAACGCCAUGUGUCUGGCUACCUGUACCAGAGAUGGGAAGCCCUCUGCGCGCAUGGUGCUGCUGAAGGGCUUUGGCAAGGAUGGCUUCCGCUUCUUCACUAACUUCGAGAGCCGAAAGGGAAAAGACCUGGACUCUAAUCCCUUUGCUUCCCUUGUCUUCUACUGGGAGCCCCUGAACCGUCAAGUGCGUGUGGAGGGCACUGUGAAGAAGCUGUCAGAGGAGGAGUCUACAUGCUACUUCCACUCCCGCCCCAAGAGCAGCCAAAUUGGGGCUGUGGUCAGUCGCCAGAGUUCCGUGAUUCCUGAUCGGGAGUACCUGAGAAAGAAAAAUGAGGAAUUGAAGAAGCUCUACAAGGAACAAGAGGUGCCAAAGCCAAAUUACUGGGGUGGCUACAUCCUAUAUCCACAGGUGAUAGAAUUCUGGCAAGGCCAAACCAACCGCCUGCACGACCGGAUCGUCUUUCGGCGGAGCCUCCAGACAGGAGACUCCCCUUUGGGGCCCAUGACCCACAGAGGGGAGGAAGACUGGCUCUAUGAGAGACUUGCUCCCUAACUCCCCGGCUGCAGUGCCCACUGGAGCUAGGACCAGGUGCUGAGAGAGAGUGUGGGAUUGGGAGCCAGGCCCUUAUAAACUCAACCCAUUUCCCUCCCCACUCCUUAUAUUUAGGAGUCUUCAGAAUUCAUCCUUCAAGUACUCUCUACUUAGUUGGCUCUCAGUAAGCUGUCUAGUGGAGUGUAAUGGUGGCAGAGAGAAUCAUGGAUGGAAAGUAAUCUCAUAAUUAUUUUCUUGAUUUUGACAAUUUAUUGGAAUAGCUCCCUCUAGGGGUAGCAGCUGACAUGAUUCCCUUUUCUGGUGACACAGGGUGGGUUCCCAGCAGCCCUGUCUUUUUACUACUGGUGACAGUCAUACUGGCCAAAGCUGAUUGGUUCCCGCAUAAGCACCUGAGCCAAUCUAGCCAAUUGGUUUUUCUUGUCAACUAUUUGAAAUUUGAACCAGAGAGACCUAGGGCUCGCUGCAUCUUUGUAGCCUAAGUCAUUAAUGGCAACCAAGAAGCAGUAGCCUCCAGCUGCUACUCUUGCAAUUCCAUGAGCUGCCCUGAAUCCCUCCUGUGCAGUUCCUCCUGCCUCAAACACCCACGGUCUCUAAAAUAAAAAUUUUUGACAUAAAC